UUCAGACGGUGCUAUUGGGAUCACCGAGCCUCGGCGCGUGGCUGCAGUGUCCAUGUCCCAGCGAGUCGCGAAGGAAAUGAACUUGUCACACAGAGUGGUUUCAUAUCAAAUCCGAUACGAAGGCAAUGUUACAGAUGACACACAAAUCAAGUUCAUGACGGAUGGUGUGCUGCUGAAAGAAAUUCAGAAGGACUUUCUGCUUUCAAAGUACAAAGUCAUUAUUAUUGAUGAGGCCCACGAAAGGAGUAUGUACACGGAUAUCCUGAUCGGCCUCCUGUCUCGCAUCGUGCCCCUUCGUGAGAAGAAAGGGCUGCCGCUGAAGCUGAUCGUCAUGUCAGCAACCCUUCGCGUUGAAGACUUCACCGACAACAGCAGGCUGUUCUCUGUUACACCUCCUGUUAUUCAGGUGGACGCCAGGCAAUUCCCUGUAACCGUUCACUUUAACAAGAAAACCCCCCUGGAUGACUACAGCGGGGAGUGCUUCAGGAAGGUCUGUAAAAUCCAUCGCAUGCUGCCCGCAGGUGGGAUUUUGGUGUUUUUAACAGGCCAGGCAGAAGUUCACUCUCUCUGUAGAAGGCUAAGGAAAGCCUUUCCUUUCCAGAAAAACAGCACUGCAGGACAAGAUGAUGACAAAGAAGAAUCAGUGGAAGAAAUCAGAAAAUUCAAGAAAUCGAGGAAGCGAAAGAGAGUUAUGGCACUCCCCAAAAUUGAUCUGGACAAUUACUCUGUCGUACCAGUGGAUGAAGGAGAUGAAGACGGAGAUGCUGAAACUGAUGAUGAUAUCAUGGGGUCUGAUAUCGACCUUGAUUUAGGAGAUGGAGACUCAGAAGAAGAUGAGAAACCUGAUUCAUCCCUUCCACUCUUUGUUCUCCCACUCUAUUCUUUGCUAGCACCAGAGAAACAAGCAAAGGUGUUCAGGCCUCCUCCUCCUGGCACGAGACUCUGUGUUGUAGCCACCAACGUGGCUGAAACCUCGCUUACCAUCCCGGGCAUCAAAUACGUGGUUGACUGUGGAAAGGUCAAGAAACGUUUCUACGACAAAAUUACUGGGGUUUCGUCUUUCAGAGUCAUCUGGAUAUCCCAAGCCUCAGCUAACCAGCGGGCUGGGCGGGCCGGCCGGACAGAGCCAGGGCACUGCUACAGGUUAUACUCUUCAGCAGUCUUCAUGGAUUUUGAGAAAUUUUCUGCUCCAGAAAUAACAAAGCGACCGGUAGAAGACUUGAUUCUGCAAAUGAAGGCAUUAAAUAUUGAAAAGGUAAUCAACUUCCCGUUCCCAACGCCACCUCCAACAGAAGCACUUGCAGCAGCUGAGGAGCUGCUGAUAGCCCUGGGCGCCUUGAAGGAACCCCCUAUGACGGGAAGGCUGAAGCAGCAGCUGGCAGCGAAGCUGAGUUGCCCCAUUAGUCCCCUGGGCAGAAUAAUGGCCACUUUUCCUGUAGCCCCCCGCUAUGCGAAGAUGUUGGCACUAAGCAGGCAGCACAACUGCCUGCCCUACACCAUCACCAUCGUGUCUGCAAUGACCGUCCGGGAGCUUUUUGAGGAGUUUGACAGGCCAGCAGUAAGUGAGGAAGAGACAGCAAAACUGAAGGGGAAGAAAACAAGGCUCGUACAGAUGCAAAGGAUCUGGGCUGGGCAGGGGCCGAUGCAGAAGCUGGGAGACCUCAUGGUGAUGUUAGGAGCAGUGGGGGCCUGUGAAUACGCCGGCUGCACCCGUAAGUUCUGUGAGGAAAACGGGCUCCGAUACAAAGCCAUGCUGGAAAUCAGGCGCUUGAGAGGGCAGCUGACAACAGCGGUGAACUCGGUCUGCACUGAUGCUGGUCUCUAUGUUGAUCCAAAGAUGAAGCCCCCAACAGAAGCCCAAGCAACUUACUUGAGGCAGAUCGUGCUGGCAGGGCUGGGGGAUCACGUUGCCCGAAGGGUUCAGGCAGAAGAGCUCCUGGAUGAGAAGUGGAAAAAUGCCUACAAGACUGCUCUGCUGGACGACCCAGUGUUCAUCCAUCCAGGCUCAGUCCUCUUCAAACAGCUCCCGGAGUUUGUGGUGUAUCAAGAAAUUGUGGAGACUACAAAGCUGUAUAUGAAAGGUGUGUCUGCAGUCGAACCCGAGUGGAUUCCUGCCCUGUUGCCACCGUACUGCCACUUUGGGAAGCCUCUGGAAGAUCCUCCUCCAUCUUACUGCCCCGAAACAGGCCGAGUUCGGUGUCACAGGCCAAGUGUCUUUUACCGAGUGAGCUGGCAGCUCCCUGCUGUGGAAGUUGAUUAUCCAGAAGGCAUCGAUCGCUACAAAUACUUUGCCAAGUUCCUGCUUGAAGGAAAGGUCAUUGAAAAGCUGGGUUCCUACAGCCGGUGCCUGCUGUCCAGUCCUCUCAUAAUGCUGAAGACGUGGUCCAAACUCCAGCCCAGGACAGAAUCCCUCCUGCAGGCUCUAGUUGCAGAAGACUGUGAUAAUCGUGAUGCUCUACUGGCUGCAUGGAAGAAAAACCCUAAAUAUUUGCUCUCAGCCUAUUGCCAGUGGAUCCCUGAAGCCAUGCAUGACGACGUAGCCAACAACUGGCCACCG